AUGGAACUAGACACAGGAUCGGCCGUGUCCAUUUUGCCAUAUGACAUGUUCUUGGAAAGAUUUCGCGACAAGAAGUUUGCAAAAACAACCACUGUACUAAAGACCUAUACUGGUGAACUGAUCGUUCCAGUUUGUUGCCUUACCAUGCAAGUUGAAUACUUAGAUCAAUCAUGUCUAUUGCCACUCCAUGUAGUCCAGACUAAGGGUUCAGUGUUAAUGGGUCGAGAUUGGCUUUACAAGCUUCGCCUCAAGUGGAAAACCAUUAAGUUGUUGAAAUCCUCAGAUCCCAGCCAUUGCAACCCUCGCACGACUACACAAGAGAAGCUGAAAAACCUAUUGGAUACGUAUGCCGAGGUUUUUGAAGACAAGCUGGGAACUUUCAAAUCUGCCAAAGCAAGGAUAACCCUCAAAGAAGGUAGUCAACCACAGUUUCGCAAAACUCGUCAGGCCCCAUAUUCCUUACGACCGAAAGUGGAGGAAGAACUGAAGAGACUUCAGGGCGAAGGUAUUUUGUCGAAAGUAGAGUGGAGUGAUUGGGCGACACCGAUUGUACCAGUGCCGAAACAAGAUGGUUCAGUCCGUAUUUGUGGUGACUUCAAAGGUACUAUUAACCCAACAUUACAAGCAGAACAGUAUCCUCUGCCUCGAAUCGAAGAUAUUUUUCCCGUUUAGGUGGUGGGAAGAAGUUUUCCAAGAUCGACCUCCGCCUAGCUUACCAUCAGAUUGAGUUGGAGGAAGAAUCCAAGAAGUACCUUACAAUUAAUACGCCCAUGGGUUUGUUUCAAUACAAUCGAUUGGUGUUUGGAAUUACCUCGGCUCCCAACAUUUGGCAGCGUACCAUAGAUCAGAUUCUGGAAGGAACUUCUGGUAUUAGUUGUAUCCUAGAUGAUAUGAUUGUGACGGGUAAAAGCGACGCAGAGCAUAUCGCUAACCUGAAGGAGGUCCUUCGACGGCUGCACCACCAUGGGUUAAGGGCCAAUAAAUCGAAGUGUGAGUUCUUCAAAGAAAAGAUCACGUUCUGUGGCCACGACAUUAAUAGCGACCGACAAGAUAGCUGCAAUGGUGAAUGCCCCUCGCCCCCAGAGUGUUGCAGAGGUACGCUCCUUCCUGUGAUUGGUGAAUUAUUACCACAAAUUCCUGCCAAACCUUGCUACAAUCCUGCAUCUGACGCAAAGCUACAACUUGUGGCCCAAAAUUGA